CGACCUCCGGGGCCUGAAAGGGACAAGUAGAGACAGGAUUUCGCCACGUUGACCAGGCUAGUCUCGAACUCUUGGCCUCCAGCAGUUCACCUCCCAAAUUGCUGGGAUUACCACGCCCAGCUGAGUAGUUCUUUGACAUUAGCUUUAAUGAAGGCACAUGAAUAGGACUACAUGCUCCUUGUGGGAUUAUGUCGCAGUAAAAAACCAUUAUCAAGUCGAACCAUCUCACGUCAGGGACCAUCUCUGUAGGACUGUGAGGCAGACCAGGUCUUUCAUGACUCCAUUGCUCUUUCCUGUUUCCCAGCUGAACCUCCACAGUCCUCUCCACUCUUCCAGGAGCAGCAGAAAAUGAACAUCUCUCAGGCAUCAGUGUCAUUCCAGGACGUGACUGUGGAAUUCACCCAGGAGGAGUGGCAGCACCUGGGCCCUGUUGAGAGGACCCUGUACAGAGACGUGAUGCUGGAGAACUACAGCCACCUCAUCUCAGUGGGAUAUUGCAUUACUAAACCCAAAGUGAUCUCCAAGUUGGAGCAAGGAGAAGAGCCAUGGUCCUUGGAAGAUGAAUUCCUGAACCAGAGGUACCAAGGAUAUUUUAAAGUUGAUCACAUCAAAGGGAUCUGGGAAAAACAAGAAAAACCUCUGUGGCAAGAAAUAUUCAUCAGUGAUGCUGACAAAACAUUAAGUAAAGAAGGACAGAAAGUUUUAGAAAACCCAUCUAAUCUGGAAAUAGCUCCAGAGUUUUCAGAAAAACUACCCUGUAAAUGUGAUUCUCAUAGAAUGAAUUUGCCAAUCGCUUCUGAAUUAAUUAUAAGUGAAAGAAAAUACUCAAGAAAGAAGGCUGAAUACAUGAAUGUGUGUGAGAAAUUGCAGCUUGAUAUUAAUCAUGAGAAAGCUCAUCCUGGACAGAAAUCUUAUGAACAUGGUAAAAAUGCGAAAGCUUGCAGUUAUAAGAAAGAUCAGCAUUGGAAAUUUCAAACUUUGGAGGAAUCUUUUAAAUGUGAUGGAUCUGGACAAGGUUUACAUGAUAAGACAAUUUGUAUUACACCUGAGAGUUUUCCAACAGGAGAAAAGUCUUGUAAGGAUGAUGAAUUUCGAAAAAACUUUGAUAAAACCACUUUAUUUAACCACAUGAGAAUUGACACAAGGGGGAAAUGCUCUGAUCUUAAUGAAUAUGGGACAUCCUGUGACAAAACCACCACUGUUGAAUACAAUAAAUUUCACAUGGCUAUGACACACUAUGAGUGUAAUGAAAGGGGGAUUAAUUUCAGUAGGAAGUCACCCCUCACUCAAUCUCAGAGAACUAUUACAGGACGGAGUGCUUUUGAAAGCAAUAAAUGUGAAGAACAUUUUAGCCAGAGCUCAGCCCAUAUAGUACAUCAGAAAACACAAACUGGAGAUAAAUUUGGUGAAUAUAAUGAAUGUACAAAUGCCCUCUACCAGAAAUUAGACUUUACAGCACAUCAGAGAAUUCACACAGAAGAUAAAUUCUACCUUUCUGAUGAACAUGGGAAAUGCAGAAAAUCCUUUUACCAGAAAGGACACCUCAUUCAGCAUCAGAGGCCCCACUCAGGAGAGAAACCUUACCAAUAUGAAGAAUGUGCGAAAUCCUUUUGUUCAAGUUCACAUCCCAUUCAGCAUCCUGGAACUUACGUGGGAUUCAAACUUUAUGAAUGUAAUGAAUGUGGGAAAGCUUUCUGUCAGAAUUCAAACCUCAGUAAACAUCUGAGAAUUCACACAAAAGAGAAACCUUGUGAUAACAAUGGCUCUGGGAGAUCUUACAAGUUACCCCUCAUAGGACACCAGAAAACAGAUGCAGAGAUGAAACUCUGUGAUGGCGGUGAAUAUGGGAAGACAUCACAUCUCAAAGGACAUCAGAGAAUUCUCAUGGGGGAGAAACCCUAUGAAUGUAUUGAAUGUGGGAAAACUUUCUCCAAGACAUCACAUCUCAGAGCACAUCAGAGAAUUCACACAGGUGAAAAACCCUAUGAAUGUGUUGAAUGUGAGAAAACUUUCUCUCACAAGACACACCUGAGUGUACAUCAGAGAGUUCAUACGGGGGAGAAACCCUAUGAAUGUAAUGACUGUGGGAAAUCUUUUACCUAUAACUCAGCCCUGAGAGCACAUCAAAGAAUUCACACCGGUGAGAAGCCCUAUGAAUGCAGUGACUGUGAGAAAACUUUUGCCCAUAAUUCAGCCCUCAGAGCACAUCAUAGAAUUCACACGGGGGAGAAACCUUAUGAAUGUAAUGAAUGUGGAAGGUCUUUUGCUCAUAUUUCUGUUCUCAAGGCACAUCAAAGAAUUCACACAGGGGAGAAACCCUAUGAAUGUAAUGAAUGUGGGAGAUCUUUCACCUACAAUUCAGCCCUGAGAGCACAUCAGAGAAUUCACACAGGUAGAAAACCCUAUGAAUGUAGUGACUGUGAGAAAACUUUUGCCCAUAAUUCAGCCCUCAAAAUACAUCAGAGAAUUCAUACAGGGGAGAAACCCUAUGAAUGUAAUGAAUGUGAGAAAACGUUUGCCCAUAAUUCAGCCCUUAGAGCACAUCAGAACAUCCAUACAGGGGAGAAACUCUAUGAGUGUAAUGAAUGUGGAAAAACUUUUUUCCAGAAGACACGCCUCAGUACACAUCGGAGGAUUCACACAGGGGAGAAACCCUAUGAAUGUAGCAAGUGUGGAAAAACUUUCUCCCAGAAAUCAUACCUCAGUGGACAUGAGAGAAUUCACACAGGGGAAAAACCCUAUGAAUGUAACAUAUGUGGGAAAACUUUUGUCUAUAAGGCAGCCCUCAUAGUGCAUCAAAGAAUUCACACAGGGGAGAAACCCUAUGAAUGUAACGAAUGUGGGAAAACUUUCUCCCAAAGAACACACCUCUGUGCACAUCAGAGAAUUCAUACUGGGGAAAAACCCUAUGAGUGUAAUGAAUGUGGGAAAACGUUUGCUGAUAAUUCAGCCCUCAGGGCACAUCACAGAAUUCACACAGGGGAGAAACCCUAUGAAUGUAAUGAAUGUGGGAAGACUUUCUCCAAGACAUCACAUCUCAGAGCACAUCUUAGAACUCGCUCAGGGGAGAAACCCUAUGAAUGUAAUGAAUGUGGGAAAACCUUCUCUGAGAAGUCAUAUGUCAGUGCCCAUCAGAGAGUUCACACAGGGGAGAAACCCUAUGAAUGUAAUGUAUGUGGGAAGCCAUUUGCCCAUAAUUCAACCCUCAGAGUACAUCAAAGAAUUCACACAGGGGAGAAGUCCUAUGAAUGUAAUGAUUGUGGGAAAACGUUCUCCCAGAAAUCACACCUUAGUGCACACCAGAGAAUUCACACAGGGGAGAAACCUUAUGAAUGUAACGAAUGUGGGAAAGCUUUUGCCCAAAAUUCAACUCUGAGAGUACACCAGAGAAUUCACACAGGGGAGAAACCCUAUGAAUGUGAUGAAUGUGGGAAAACUUUUGUCCGUAAGGCAGCUCUUAGAGUACAUCACACCAGAAUGCAUACCAGAGAGAAAACCCUAGCAUGUAAUGGAUUUGGGAAGUCCUGAAGGAAUGCAUCCCUUACUACACGUAGUGCAGAAACUCAUGUCACAUAGGCUGGAAACUUGUUUCCCUUAGCCAUUUCCUUUUCCAUUAGGCUCAUAGCUUGUCAAAAAAUGCCAUUCAUCCAGGUAGGACUGACCAUGGAAUGUGGUGCUAAUGAUACGUAUUACACUUAACCUUGGCUGUUAAAAAAAAAAUACCCCACAGUCUUUCUGGUGCAUAAGAUGGGUUGGAGGUUAUUUCUGCAGCAAACACGGGUCCUGUGUGUUGAAAACCAUAGAGCAGAAGGUCAAGGAAGCUAGAGUCUGAAAAGCUGGAACAGAAUUCACUUCGGGGUCUGCACCAGGGUUUUGUUUUUGUUGCUUUAAAGCAAGAAUUAAAGUUUAUAGUCUGUUAAGCUCUUGCAAGUUUGACUUAUGAGUUAAAUGCACAUAGUUUAACCUGAACUUUCUAUUAGAGUGAGAUGAAACCCUAUGAGUAUAAUCAGUUUUAGAAAAACUUAUCAGUUUAUCGUGCAUCAGAGACUUCACAUGAAGAAGAAAACUUGUCAACAUCCAGGAUGAUCAGGAGCCUUCAUUAAAAAUCAGAAAAUUUAAGGAAAAACCCAGAAGCCUUCACAAAAUGAAUUGCAUUAAACAUCAAAUGAUUAUUGUAAAAUUUCAUAUUUUGAAUAAAUGACAUUUUUCCUAGGUAAUUUUUUCUGAGGAAAUAUGUCAGUUUUAGAAUUGGAGAUAAAAUAUUCACCUAGAACUGACAUACCAAAACUUCUGUUUUGUAGUAUCAAAAAUUUUAUAAACAUAUAUAAGAAAAUAUUUGCCUAUGGACAAACUCACUGUAGAAUGUGAAGUUAAACAUGGAAUAAUUUGAAUUCUGUGGAGAAUAUGAAUAAAUGUGAAUAGUCUGAGC